AUGUGUCUUCUGUUUGACCAUUACAAGCAUAAACUCGGAAUUCAUGGCAGUUCUCCCGUUGUGAUUCAGGAAGAUGAGCAAGAACCUAGUGGAAGUGGGGAUGGGAAGAAGAAAGGGAAGAUUUGGGGCGAUUUCAGGAAAAUGAAAAGAGAUGCCAUUCUGAAAGGAACCAGAAAAAGUUCAAAAUCUGAGUUUGAUAGGUACCUUGAGGAGGAGGAGGAUGAUGAAGUGGUUACACGAGCAUUGGUGGGUUCAGAAGAGGAUGAAUACAAUGGUAUUUCAAAAUGUAUAUGCAGCUUUUCAAGCUCGAAGUGUAGCUCUCGUGCAGGACCUAGUGGAAGCUCUCCUGCUACCCAUGUUUUGGUCUCGAGUCCUACUAUGUCACAAGUGGAAGAAGACUAUGUCGACAACAAUUCCAAUGAGAAUGAUGAGACUUAUGUAGAUGUAGAGCCUGAUGAGGAGUGA